AAUGAAAAAACACAAAAUUCCUUACAUUCAAAUUCCUGUAACUUUACCAGUAACCAUUUUGACAGGUUUUUACCGUAGUAUUUUUAUAAGACAGUUGUAUGUGUGUGUGUGUGUGUGUGUGUGUGUGUGUGUGUGUGUGUGUGUGUGUGGAUUCACAGUGUUUAUCUUUAAAAUACAAGAGCUGCAUUGCUUUUGUUCAUAUCAAAUAGGAUCAAGAGUCAUUUAAGAAUCUGUUGGGAUGACAAUAAAUUGAAAACCUUCCUACAAUAUUUGAUUCAUAAAUGUGUAGUUCACCCAAAAAUUAUUAUUCUGUUCUUUACUCGUAUAUCUUUUCAGACCUUUAUUACUGACUUUCUUCAGUUUCAAAUAAAUGAAGAUAUUUUGAGAAAUGUCUCAGAAAACCAGCUUCUCUGUUUCACAGAGGAAAGAAAGUCGCACAAGGUAAAUAAAUAAUAACGCACGUUUAAUUUCUGGAUGAAUUAUUACUUUAAAGCAUUGGUCUCAAAGUCCUGGAGGGACACAGUUUUUCUUCAACCCUAACCAAACACACCUGAUCCAGCUAACCGAGCUCUUCGGGAUCACCAGAAACCUCCAAGCAGGUGUGAUUAGGAGCUGGCUGGAGAUGAACUCUGCUGAGCUGUGCUCCUCCAGGAACUGAGUUUAAGACCAGUGCUUUUAGGGGUUUAAGUUUGAUUCCAUUAGGAUUGAUUUUCUUAAUAGUUAAUAUAUUGAUAGAUGGCAUAGACUACACUAAAACUCAAUUACUUGCCUCAUCUGUAAAUGCCUGCAGACAAGAUUCAAUCUAAUUGUAUGUUAAUCAGCUUAUGAAGUUCGCUUAUUUGUCUUUCAUGUGAGCGGUGUCUCUUAUGAAAUUCUUGUAAUUUAAUUUUUCAUUCGGGUUGAACUGAACGACACAGCGAAUGAAGUGCUUUGCACACUUCCUAUUUAUUUUUCAUUAAAAUUUCUCAUUUAUUGCCAGGACAAAUGUUUGAGGUAUCUUUAUUACCCGAUAGUCAGUAUUUCCUACUGUAAGUUCCUGUAUGUAAUUUUUGUGGCUGUAGUUUCAUUUUGAUGUAAUGUGAAUAGAAAUGUCUUGCAUCACGAGUUGAGACGCAUUUUAAAGAGCCAACCCAUAUCUAAUGCUUAUAGAAUGCUAAUGCGUCAUGGGUUAUGAUAUUACAUCAGUUCUGUUCAGGAAUUUUUUUCUGACAGGUCUCCUGCAAUACUUCCUGUUACUUGACAGCUGACUAAGCUCAUCUGAUAGGAAGCACAGCUGGGGGUGUUUUUUUCCAGCUACUAUAUAACUUCUGUUAUUUUUUUAGUUCUCUAUUGCAUAACAGCAUUUAGUGCCUUUUUAUGUAGUUCUAGGCAACCAUCAGUACCUUACUACUAUUUUUCAUACAAUAAGUUAUGAAUUUUAACAAGUCUCUCUCUCACUCUAAUAUAAUAUAUAUCUAAUAUCUCAGCAACCCUGAGAAUCACUCACAGUCCUGGACUUUACAUUAAGCUCUGUGAGUGAACAUUGGACACUUCCCACUGUAAACCAAUCCGUGUGAUUUUGGUCACAUGUGAUAUCCCUCACUACAGUUUGACACAUGAUAGAUCAUUCAAAGAAGUGACAUGGGAGGGGUUUAUGAGAGGUAGUUUAUUUUCUGUUUCAGACUUUUAAAACUAUAUAUAUCUCUCUCUGUGUAGAAUAUUACAUGCUGUAAGGUUUCUCACACUGGACUGAAUCAUGGUGAAGAAUCAGGAGAGCUUUCCUUUUGGUUUUUUAUUGAAAUACCUGUUUACUUUAUUGGGACUGUCAUUGUUCCUGUUGGAUAUAGCACUGGACAUUUGGACUGUUGUGUCUUUUUAUCAGGACGGGGCAUAUGUGUACAUGGCAGUGAUGAUCUUUCUGCUGCUGGGUUCUUCAGUGUUGUUACAGGUCUUCAGCUGGCUCUGGUACUCUGAUUCUCUGGAUAGGAUCGAGACUAACGUGGAGAAGUUUGCAAACCAGCAUUCAUUGAUCAAACCAAUACACUUCCUGCAGCUCGGAGUCUACCUCAGGUAUGCCGGUGUGAUAGAGACUUCCACAAUGGAUUUUCUUUAUCGCGUUAACAAUUUCAGAAAUGAUGUGCAGCGUGACAUCAGAGAUGAUGUGAAGCUGAAACAUGAUCUUCUGAUGCUUCGUCUAUUUGAGGCGUUUUCUGAAAGCGCCCCACAACUCACACUCAUGAUGUCUAUAAUCCUACAGAGAGGAGAGCUGGAGCUUAUUACAGGGUUAAAAAUUCUCACGGCAGCUGCUGCAAUUGCCAGUAAUGUUGCCUUGUACCACCGGGGCAUGCAUGUCUACGGUUCUAAAGGACGCAAGAUGAGCCUGAUCCCCACUCUGAUUUACUUCCUGUGGAACUUGUUGGUGAUUAUUCCUCGUGUAUCUGCUCUGGCGCUCUUCUGCAGUGUGUUGCCAUGCUACAUCACAGCUCACUUCCUGUCUUUGUGGAUGCUUCUGGUUUUAGUGGCUUGGGGCCAGAAAACAGACCACAUGAAAAGUUCUGGUUGGGAAUGGCUCUUCAGAGCUGCUGUUGGACUCAUCUGGUACUUCUGCUGGUUUAACGUGUCCAAAAAAAGCAUCAAAGUAAAGAUGGCUGUCUAUUAUAGUUUGAUGGCUUUGGACACAGUGAUGCUGCUGGGCUUCUGGUGCUGGAAGGUGUUUGAGUAUGCAGGAUGCUCCUUGAAUCCUUACGUGGUGAUCCCGACACUACUAGGUUUAUAUGUCAGUGGAAUACUAGUGAAAAUUAUAUACUACAAAUGGUUUCAUCCUAAAAUGGAUGAACCCAAUGAAGGGUCGAAUAGACAAGCUGCAACAUAUGAUGCCGACUCAACAGACUCAACAGACUUGUCCCCAGAAGAUACAUCUACAGCUCCUGUCCAGACUCUCACUGGAGUCCUCAAAAGAAGCAGGACCAUGGUUGCUAAUUUCUACUUCUAAUAUUUUCGCCCUCCCCUUUGAACUUUCCCCCUCCCCUUUCAAAGUUUGUAUUUAUAAUGUAUUUAAACAGUAAACCACACUGUAAAAACAAUUAUGUGGUUUUUACGAAAACAUUUUGGCA